CACUUGUAAACAGGUGGCGCCAUCACGUUCAAAAUGGAUUAUUUUCUCCUAUUUACACGGUUUAUUGAUUAAUUACACAGCAAAUCAGAAUAAUAAAUGUACAAGAGAAGAAUCGUUUGUGAGAAUCGCGUCAAUUCACUUGGACGAAUUGAACGUACAGUCUAUAAAUCGAUAAAUUCAUUUUUCGACUUUAUUCUGAAAAGUUUUUUCCACCACUUUGCAUCAAUGUUGCGCUGGUAUUUCAGAAAAUUUUCAUUUGCAAAAAGAUUCAAUUAGGGGAAGUUAUUUGUCAGGUUUUUAAUUGCGUCUCUAGAAUUGGGCCCUCAACUUUCUUCCCAUUCUACUUAGGAAUCCAUAUAAUGGAAAAAUAAAGAUUUACAAAUUCUAUUGAAUAGGUUGAACUAAUCGUUCAAGUAAUUGCUGAGUAAUUAUCAAUUCUUAUAAAUUACAUACGAAAUUUAGAUUAAAGUUGUUUGUAAAUAUAUGUAGAAAGCUCUGCGCCUGUUUUUGAACGUGAAUUUUUAUUCAAUCGAUCGGUUGUUAAUCGUCAUGUCAUACUACAUACUAAUACACCAGAACAUGAACUUGAGCAUGAACUUUUUUGCUUUUAUUAAUCGUCAUAUAGACAAUCGGUCUUGAUUCUCCGUCUGAUUUGCUGAAGUCUUAGUUCAAAUGAAAACUUGACAAAUUUCACAACAUGGUAUCAAUUACAGUUAAAUCUUUUCUUGCAUUCGCUACAGGAGAGAUGCGCCGUUUUCUUCAUGUUGCAUUCAACUGAAGUUAGGUUAAUUGUAGAGUAAAAGUAUUGCAACAACUUGAAUGAUAUUGUAAAUAAAAAAGGGAAUUAGAAAUAAAAUCUAUGCAGUCGCAGAUCGAAUCUGGAACAGAAUUGCUUGGGAGAUUGAAUAAAAAAUCAAGUCUGUGUGGGCUAGAAGAUACCUUAUUUUUCAAAGGCCCUCUGUGCACAGAUAUUAUAGAAAUUAGUGGAGUAAAGUCAUCCGGUAAGACUCUGCUUUUGUCUCAAAUGCUCGCAAAAUGUAUCUUACCGAAUUGUCAUGAAAUCAAAGGCUGUAAUGCUUCAGCUGUUUUGAUAAAUACCGAUCAUCAUUUUCAAAUAUCAAAAUUAGUAGAAUUGAUGAGCAAUAUCGCAAAUGCAGUUAAUACGGUAUCAUUUACAACUGAUACAGUUGACGUAAAGUUUGAUAAAAUAGCUGUCAUUAAAAAUUCUUUGCGUAACUUGCACGUCAUUAAUUGUUAUGACAGCGAACAAUUUGCUGUAACGUUACGUACAUUAAAUAAUAUCUUCAUUGAAAAUACCAAAAUUGCUCUUCUAGCUAUUGACAGUAUAACGGCAUAUUAUUGGCAAGAUCGUGAAGAUAAUCACAUCACAAUUAAUGCAUACGUGAAGAAUUUGUUACAACUUAUCAGAACGCAUACAGCUCAAUUUAAUGUAGCAACAAUAUACACUAAAUUAUAUGAAAAUAUUGAUAACAAAGGGAAAAAACUUACGGAUAAUAUAAAUUAUAGAAUACGCCUAUGUAAGACAUGUGAUUCGAAAAAUUUUAUAUGUACAUUAGAAACGACGCAAAUUGUUAGGAAAAUACAUUAUUCUAUUUUAUCCAAUGGUAUAAGAUGGAAGAUGGAUGAAAAAUAAAUUCCAGUAAAAAAGGAAAAUAACUAAGAAAAGAAUAUUUUAUCCACUAUAUCUAAAGGUUUUAACAAUCUAGAUCCUGCUAACGUUAUACGUGGCAAUUUCUCGUUAUUAUUUGCCGAUAUUACUUCUUGAAUUAUUUUGGCCUCUUCCGCAGUAAUACCUCCAACGAUGUAUAUUAAAAUAAAAGAAUUAUCUCGAGGAUGACGUUUCGUUUUGCCUCUUAAAAUUAGACUGCAAUGAAAGAGGAUUCAUAAAUUUUUAAUAUUUAACGUCAUAUUUUCAAAAAAUUCAUUAUAUGAAUUGUUUAAAAAGAAGAAGUUUUACUUAAACCCAGCUGAAAUAAAUGAAGAUGACUUUUUAUGAAGAUCCCGUAGUUCUCUGCUUAUGUUUACACAAAAUAUAUCCUUGGUAAUUUGUUCUAAAAUACUAAUAUGCCGAGUUACCUCUUGAGAACUUGAUGUCAACAUGCAAAAUCUACAAAUAAUUAUUACUUUAUUCAUACAAUUUUGCUUGAAAUAAAUAAUGUUAACUAUUUGGAGGAAAAAAUGCCAGCAUAGAUAAAAUAAUGCAUUUAAUAUAUGAAAAACUAAAUCAAAGAGAACAAGUUUUUAUUUAGAGACUUUACCUAUAAUCUUGCAGCGUUAAGCGUUGUUCCGCGAUUAAUCUUAAAGUAUCGAGAAUACGUGCUGCAAUCUUGCAUGAUGCUUCUUGCGCUGCAACAUCGUCCGUUCCUAACG